UUGUGUUCUGUCAACGGUGGUAGCGGGAAGGACGCGGGGUACCGACGCAUGCCGAAUACCGCUAUCGCUCCCGAGUAGUGCCGAGCGCGACGUCAAGUGACAAUCCUGAAUCGGUUAUUAUUAUAUUACAACAACAUGCAUUUAUAACUGGACCUUGUGCUUUAUAAAGAUAAUGUCGUCGGAAAAUUAUCAAGAGUACAAAAAGAGACGUAAUCCGUCGUCAACAUGGAACUAUUUCCUUACUGCAACAGACAGAUCAAGUGCAAAGUGCAAAAUCUGCUCGAGGAUAGUAAGAACAAAUGGGGCUUCCACCAGCGGUUUGCAUGCCCAUUUAAAAACUCGACAUGGUAUCAAGGUAGAUUCUGUACAGAAACGAAAUAAUUAUUCUGAAAAUGAAACUACGAAAGCUUCUCACGAUGCUUCUCUAUUGAUCGUUAUGGCGCAAGAUAAUAAUGGUUCUUACGAUGAUAGUGCAGGCAAAUCACCCAAAAAUAUCAACGAAAGGUCCGAUUCGUCUUUUGAAGAGUAUUCAAGAUAUCAUAGCUCGUCCUCAUAUUUAUGGUGUCAUUUCUUAAGAUCUGCUGAUGCUCAAACUGCCAAGUGCAAAAUAUGUUCUAAAAUUCUUAAAACCAGCGGGGCAUCGACGAGCGGCUUGCACACUCACUUAAAGUCGAAGCAUAAAAUCAACAUUAUAAAAAGGACAGAUAAAAGACACCCGUUAGCACGCUUUAACGUGAAGAAAGAAAAGGUUGCUGAAAUUCCAGAAUCUAUUGUAAAACAAGAAGCACAAACCUCCUACGAUGAAGCGGAACUUGAACUAGCGCCUGAUGAUGACGAACUCACUCAAGAAGUGGUCGAUGAAUCACCGUAUAAUUUAGAAAACUGUGACCAAACUGUAAAUACUCAUAUGAAAAUCAUUUCCAGAAUGAUAGCAUUAGAUGAACUUCCUUUAAGUAGCUUUUGUAAUUCUAUCGAUCUAUGUAACCUCCUAUCGCAAGCUGGAUACGAAUUGCCAUCAUCUAAUAUCGAAACAAUCAGUCUAAUACUUGAACAAAGUGACUUGGUCAAAAUGGAGAUAGCUAAUCAAUUAAAACAAUUUAAAUCAUUAGGUAUGAGGUUCUGCCUUAGUUUUGAAGAGUAUAUAACAUUAAAUAACAAGACCUACGUAAGCAUUAAUAUUAACAACUAUAAUAUAGAUUCUAAAUUUGGUUUUCCAAAGAAUUUAGGAUUACUUAAAGUAAAAAUUGGCAUGGAUAAUGAUGAAAUUACAAAAGUGAUUAGUGAUCGAUUGCUAGCGUUCGAUAUAAAUCUUAAUAAUGAUAUAAUUUCUUUCACCAAUUCUUUGUCCCAAAUGAGACUGGGAAUAUCUCUCGGGAUCGAUAAUCAAUUUUGUUUAGCACAGGCUGUUCAGUAUGGUGUGCUGGAAGUUUUAUACAAAGAAGAAGAUUCACAGAUUUACCAAAAUACAGAAGACCCUUAUGAUAGUGAUGCUGACUAUAAUACCAAAGAAUGUAAAAAUGCUUUCUUUGUUAAGUAUGCUGAAAUCCUAACAGAACCCCAACUAAUUUACAAAGACAUUAUUGAAAAGGUCAGAAAAUUAGUACGAUAUUACAAAAAUUCUGCAGCUAGAAAUGAAAUAUUACAAAAUAACGUAAGGAAGAAAUAUGACAAAGAAAUACAUCUUAUUCUUGAUUGUAAAAAGAGUUGGAGUACAUUAUGCGAAAUGAUAUGCCGAUUUUUGAAAUUGAAAGACUGUAUACAUGAGUCUCUAACAUAUUUGGAAAUGGAUUUGUUUAUUAAUGAUGAAGAAUUACAAAUCUUGAAUGAAAUUCAUGAAAGCCUUGUUGUUAUUAGGGCGACAAUUACUGCCUUGUGUAAACCGAGUGCAAAUUUAUUAACGGCUGAUAUUGCCUUACGAUUUAUGAUCAGAAAACUGGAUGCUCAAAACAAUGCAAUAAGUCGUCAUUUCUCUACAGUACUUAGAAAGCACAUAAAACGAAGUAGAACAAUUCAAUCGAGUAUACUACAAUAUUUACACCAUCGCCAUAUAUAUAAUGAGUAUGCAGAAGAUGAUGCUUUUACAAAACCCACCUCGGAAGAAAUGGUGAAUAAAAUUUUAACAUUACUUACGCGUAUAAAACCAUCACUUGAAGAUAAGUUAUAUAAAUUUGAUUAUAAGUCAAAAACAACCGCUCAAAGAGUACUCGAUCCAUUAGAAUCAGAAGAUGACGAAGAAAUGUCAAUUGAAAGACAAUUAGAGAAAGAAAUAAGUAACACAUGCCACAGUGAGAUACCUAAGGCCAAAGAAGUGCCACAGGAGUUGGAUCUGAAGAAAAUUAUUAUGGGAGAAGUUAGCAUUUAUGAAAGUAAUGGUGGUACUCGGGGUUUGUACCUAACUAUGGCUUAUGAUCUCUUAUUAUCUGUCAUUCCGGCGACAUCAGAAGCAGAACAUUUCUUUUACUCUAGAAAAGAUGCGCAUAAGAGAUUAAGUUCUCACCCUGAGGCGUUGUUAAAUUCUUUAUUUAUGUUGAGGGCAUUCUUUAAAGAACAAAGAAGACUUGAAGAGUCAUAGUUAUUUUCAGACAAAAGUUCUUCAAACUACAGUAAAUAUGUGUAAUUUAUUAAGUAGAAAAUAUGUAUACCGAAUAUGUAGUAACUGAUAUAUAUUCUUGUUAAAUAAAUAUUUAGUUUAU